AUGAUAAGGGGGAACGACCCUUCCUCCUCCCCUUCGAUCGAUGAACGAGAAAAAGCGAGGUUUCCAUUUCUUCCGCUCCAUAUCCGGAAGGCAGUGAUCAACGCUACCCGUUCUUUAGUUCCGGAUGCGCCCGAGCGCGUGAAGGCCGUGACCAGUAACGAGGACGCGGUGGUGAUAUCUUGGCUGCCGCCGCGGCGGCCGAACGGCAUUCUCACCAAGUACACCGUCCAUAUCCGGGUGUUGGACCAGGGCCAGGAGGUGAAGACCAUUAAGAGUUCGUUGCCUGCGCAGAACCUGCACCACGAGGCGACCGGGUUGAAGCAGCGCGAGUCCUACGAGGCCUGGGUUACGGCCUCCACCAAAAUAGGGCAAGGACCGAGAACUCCGGUCAUCAAACUUCAACUGAGCAAUACCGUUCCAGCAGCUAUAAUAUCGUUCGGAGUGCCGCUCGUGGUGCCUUGGAGGGUGGACGUCAAUAUGGCCUGUCUUGCCGUCGGUAUUCCACGUCCCACGGUGGAAUGGCGUCGGGGCGACGUCAAGUUGCAGCAGAAGUCGGACAUCGGGGCGGACAACGCGUUGACGUUGAGGAACGUGCAGAGAACUCACGAGGGCAACUAUUCCUGCCACGUGAAGAAUUCCCUCGGUUCCGAUGAAAUCGUGUACACGCUCCAAGUACAAGUGCCGCCAACUCCGCCGACUUUGCUCGCCACCGGCACCACGACCGACGCGGUCCAACUGCAAUGGAAACAGGGGGACAACGGGGGCGCCCCCAUCAAGGGAUUCCUGCUGGCGUAUCGUCGCGAGUUCUCCGAGUGGGAGGAAGUGAUGAUCGACAGGAAGGCGAACACGUAUCUUCUGGAAGGAUUGCAGUGCGGGACCAGGUACCAGUUCACGUUGGCGGCGUUCAACAGGAUCGGUAGCGGGAGCGCGAGCAAGAUCGAGACGGCGAAGACGAAUGGGACGAAACCGAUCCCGCCCGUCAAGCAUCAGUUGAUCAAAGCGAAUCAAACGUUCGUUACGUUGGAGUUGAACUCGUGGCAAGACGGGGGCUGUCCUUUGCUCUACUUCGUGGUCGAAUACAGGAGGUUGCCCGGUGAUUGGUUGCUCUUCUCGAACAACGUGCAACCACAAUCGAGAUUCUCCAUAGUGAACCUGGAUAGCGGCGCCAAAUACGAGCUCCGCGUCACUGCGUACAAUAACGCGGGCUCGACGCAGGCCGAAUACUCGUUCACCACGUUGUCGCCGACCGGUAGCAAUCGAAUACACGACGAGCACCCGCCCGAAACCGAGGAGACCUCGCUUCUCUUCGACGCCCACGUGCUCGCGCCUAGCGUCAUCUCGCUUCUGGCCGUGUUCCUCACGGUGGCCGGCGUCUGCUUUUGCUUGAAAACACUGCGACAUGGAGCAGUACACGAAGGUGCGGGGAAGGCGAGGCGGAAGUCGAAGUCGUUCAAGUCGGAGUCGGAGGAGUACGACACCCUGGGCUCGGACAGCGACACGGAGGUGGGGACGAGCAGUCGGACCGAGUCCUCGAACCACCUGGACGACUCCGGUCCGGCGUCGAUAAUGACGCGUUCCCCGGGGCCGAAUUCGAUCGGGCAGAGGGAGCAGCGACUAGCCCUUGUCCCGAGGCCGGUUCAUCAUAAUGUGCUGUACCACACGCACGAAUCAAGUACAUCAACCGAGCCGUCACCAAUUUCUGAGAGGAAGACUUUCCCGAGGCUCGAGAAGCAAAGGAAUCAAGGAGCAACGCCCGACAUGGGGAUGGACGGUCGAGUGCCGGGGAUACUGCGGCCCGUGAUGAAGCUCUCGGAUUCCGGGAUGCAUUCGUAUUCGAGGGGAGGGUCGCCGAGUCAGGGUGGGAGGCCUGGGUCCUGCGAUCGGCUGGGGAAGGAUCCGAGCCCGAGGAAGUCGGUAGAGUCGUUGUGCCUGCUGGAGGAGCCCGGAUCGUCCAGAAUGGCGAGGAGGGAGGAGGACUGGGGCAGCGAGCUGUCUACGUUGGAACUGAAACCGCCGACAGGUUUCACGGACGCGCACGAGACCAGCGAGGCCGAGUGCGAUAUCGACAUGAAGCUGAAGCUCCACAGGAAGAGGACGGGUUUUCCUUCUAACUCGCUCUCCAAAUCACCUAAAGACUUCACUAUCACUGUCUAACUGUGUUAAUCAAAUAUUCGAAGAAAAAGAAAAGAAAAAACGAAACGAAACGAAACGAAAAAAACGAAACGCUAACGAAACGAGUAAAGAAAGAAAGAAAGAAAGAAAGAAAGAAAGAAAGAAAGAAAGAAAGAAAGAAAAAAAACGAUAUAUCGCAUAAGGAACACAGAUACACGCACGUACAUACAGACACACAGACACGUAAAUUAAAUAAAGAUGCCAAAGCAUGAUGAGUGUUAAUUCAAAAAAGCAAAAAUGUAAAACAAAAAAAAAAAAAAAAAAAAUAGAAACGCAAAAUGAAAUUUUUCCUCGCCGAUGAGAUUGUCGGGAUCCCCCAACGCUUCUCUGUGGAUGGAUGACUGUCUUUCCGUGUAACUACCGUCGACGAUCCAUUUACAAUAAAGAGGUAUUUUUGUAA